AUGGUUGAAAAAUUAACACCGGAACAAAUUGCCGAGUUUAGGGAAUCAUUCCAACUCUUUGAUAAGAAUGGUGAUGGUGUCAUUUCAAUGGCAGAGCUAGGAUCAGUGAUGAGAUCGGUGGGACAAUAUGCCACAGAUGAGGAAUUGAAAAAGAUGAUAAAAGAGGUGGAUACUGAUGGCAAUGGCCUUAUUGAUUUCAAUGAAUUUAUUGGUCUAAUGACAAUGAGGGCGAUAAAGUCGAGCAGUGAGGAUAGCCUUAUGCCAGCUUUUAGGGUAUUUGAUAGGGAUGGAAAUGGUUACAUCACCCUUUCUGAACUACGGAAUCUAGGAGAGAACUUGACUGUUGAACAGGUUGAGGAAAUGAUUCGUGAGGCCGAUGUGGACGGAGAUGGUCAGAUAGACUAUCAGGAAUUUGUCAGAAUGAUGCGAUACAAAUUAACUGAAGAACAAAACCGGGUACUCAAGGAAGCCUUCUCGAUUCUCGAUAAGAAUGGUAGCGGAACUAUUACUGCCACAGAUUUGGAAAUAGUGAUGGCGACUUUGGGUAUAACUCCCACUAAAAGUGAACUUCAUGAUAUGAUUAAUGAAGUGGAUACAGAUGCUUUGAUGGCCACCAGGAUGAGAGAAGUCCCUGACGAUAAAGAUGAAAUUCGCGAAGUCUUUCAACUAUUCGAUAUAGAUAAUAAUGGAUAUAUUUCAAAUUCCGAAUUAAGCCUUGGGGAAAAUCUCAAUAAUGAAGAAAUCCAGGAGAUGCUACGUGAGGCAGAUAUGGAUGGCGAUGGAAAAGUAGAUACUGUUCAUUUUUUUCGAACCUUCCUGUCCAUGUGUUCGAUCAUUGAACCAGCUUAA